AUGAACAACAAUACCACCAGGAGAGCUAGAGCUCCUAGCCCUAUCAAGAGGGAAAAGCGGUCAAGGAAGAGAAACCAUUCCGCUGAUCGCUCUCGGUCACCUAUUAGCCUUUCGCCCAUUAUAGAUGUGAAAUGGCAUGAAAGAGUUAAUUUAUUCGUCGAGACAGAACGACAAAAGCGGCAAUUUCAUAAAGAAUUGGACCAGAAGCAACUGCUUGAUUGCAUUAAGAGCAGCUGCAGAAAGCUUGUGCAUUAUUGUGGAUUGACAGUUAAUCAUGGAGCUCCUCUUAAUGAACAGGGAGGGAAUAUGCCUCAGCAAGAGCAACAACAACAACAGAACAAUAAUCAACAACUCUAUAACGUCCGCCGAUUCCCGAAAAAUUUUAAAUUGCGUAAAGAAGAUUUAUGUGUAGCGUGUAUGGAGCGUCCACCAGUAACUCUUCAUCUGUGUGGCCACGUCACCUUCUGUUUCUGGUGCACCGAGAAAGCGAUGACUGAGCACCGAAACAGGAUUCUUCAUGCUAUUCCAGGGCAAUCAAUUCAACCGAUAAUGUGUGCCAUUUGCAGAAAUCAGAGCUCAUUUCGAAGAAUUACACGUUUUUAA